CAAUGAAUGCCUAAAUCCAACAGUCUGUCCGAACAGAACAAAAUGUAUGAAUUCAAUUGGUGACUAUGAUUGCACCUGUAAACCUGGCUUUGUGGCUCCGUCCGAAACAGCAGACCUCAAGCGAACAAAUUGUGUUGAAAUGUGCAAUCAGAAAAUAUGCAAACAUGGACGAUGUGAAGCUAAAGACGGAGUUUACCGCUGCGAAUGUGACAAAGGCUAUACUGGAUUUAAUUGUGAUAUACAGGAGGUUGAUAUGGCUGGUGCCACAGCUAUGCGAGUUGUUCUCAUAAUUUUAUCAAUCAUGGUGAUUCCUUUGAUUUUGUUCUCAGUUUUAAUGGUUCAUAAAUACCGAGUACUGAAGAAGAGAUCUUAUAAAUCAAGUUACAUAGAUGAUACCAGUUCUACAAUUGGAUUACAACCGAUGAGAAUUGAAGAUUGAACUUGGGGAAUCAAUAAAUUGUAUAUUUUUUUCAUUUGGAUGAACAAAAGAAACUUUUAGGAUAAAUCAUCGCGAUUUCACAUUUAUUGUAUAUUAUUACCAUAUAUUCAUAUAAACUUCACAUAGUAACUUCAAGUGUUAUUCACAAUAUUCAUAAGAAAACUUUGUAUGUAACUACAGUUCUGUUUGAGUAAAGGAGCAAAAAUUGUAUCAUGUACUUUAGAUUUAAUUUUUGACAAUAUUGGAAUGGUGAAAUUAAAUAUUUUGUGAGUAGGUUAAAAGUUUUAUAAGGAAAAACAAUAUUUUUGAUUGAUAUUUAAUUAUGUUAUCGAAAUGUUUGUAAUGUUUCGUAGUUAAUGUGCUGUAAUGUAUCACUAUCGUUGCAGUUUAUAAUGUUAAAGUUUUGCUGAAAAUGUAAAGAAAUAAAAUUUAUUUUAAAUGUUAAAGUUGACAUUGACUGCAGAUAACAUUAAUUGCAUAAUGAAUAUAUAUUUAAUAACAUUAAAAAUGUUUGAUUAUAA